AUGAAGUUCAUUCUCGUCUUGGUUUGUUUGGUGGCGUUGUGGAAUCUGGCUGUGGCUCAGGUGGCCCGCGUGUAUUGUGGGCGGCGCCUGGCGCGGACCCUGGCGACCCUCUGUCCGGAACUGGAGGAGGAGGGCGUGAUGAAGCGUGCAGGAGAUGACACCGGUCCGUACGGAGCUCACCAAUGGCGCUGGGCGCUGCGAGGCGCGCGCGGCAAGAGAGGAGUCGCCGACGAGUGCUGCGAGAAACCCUGCACCUUGGAUAUCCUACUCAGUUACUGUUAA